UCAACCAGAAGAAGAAGAAACAGGGCACGGCUUGUCUCUUUAUAGCGGGUUAUAACGGCACUGUCCGAGAACGACGCAACUGGUAUUUUUUUUCUCCUUUUCUAAACAUUAUUUGCGUUUUCUCCUGUUAUAAUGACGAGGCUGCCCGCUGUCUAACGAUAACCCCCGGGGAGGAUACAGUCGUUUUGACGGUGCUGAGCGGAGAGCGGCGGCGGACAUUGCAGGGAUGGAGGGACCUGGAAAGCAGACGUCGUAGUGAGGAAGGCGGGCAGACAGAUAGACGCUAAUUUGAGAAGCAGCAGGUGUACGGAAGGAUAAAAGCAGCACCGGAGGGAUCCUCAGUGUUCAUGAAACUUUGCUACGAUUUACGUGCUGGGGUUGCCGUCCGCCAUGUUAAGGUAAAGCCCAGGUACGCGGUGUUGACCAUGCUAAAGCGCCUGGACAGGAUCCGCUUCCGAGGCCCCAGGACGAGAGACGACUUCCCAGAUCUGGGCGAUUCGCCACCCGCCUCCGACAGCGAAUGUAACGACGACAUGCAGCUGAAGCCGAGAGCAGCUCUGCGGGAUGCAGAAGAUGUUCAGCGAGACCCUGCCGGUUCAGGGUCCCCCACGAUGGCAGCCGCCGUUCAGGACUUCCAGAGGUCAGAGUCAGAACGCCUCAGUGAAGUGAAAGGUCACUUGGAAAUUGCCUUACUUGAGAAACAUUUCCUACAGGAGGAGCUGAGAAAGUUGCGGGAAGAGACCAAUGUGGAUUCUCUACGGCAGGAGCUGGAGAGGGAGCGGAGUAAAAGGCUGGAUCUGGAGCAGAAGAUGAAUGAGGUCCUGAGAACGAGACUGGAGGACUCUCCACCUCAGCCCCCAAGGAAACAGCAGUCGCCCUCCAACAAUGGCACAGCAGAGAAGCAGCAGAAGGAGGUGUGGAGUUCACGGCUGCAGAAGUGGCUGUACGAGCGCUUCGGGGUUUACAUCGAAGACUUCCGCUUCCAGCCAGAGGAGAGCACUGUGGAGGCAGAGGAGCCGCUAAGUGCUAAAAGGUUGACAGAAAACAUGAGGCGACUCAAGCGAGGAGCCAGACCUGUCACUAACUUCUUAAGGAACCUCUCCGCCUUAUCCAACUGGCACUCGGUCUACACCUCAGCCAUUGCCUUCAUUAUUUACAUGAAUGCUGCUUGGCACGGCUGGGUGAUCCCCAUGUUCCUCUUCUUGGCCAUCUUACGCUUAUCUUUAAAUUACCUCAUUGCCAGAGGGUGGAGGAUCCAGUGGAGCAUUGUGCCUGAAGUUCAGGAACCCAUGGAGCCCCCAAAGGAAGACUUGACUGUGUCUGAAAAGUUUCAGCUUGUACUCGACGUUGCACAAAAAGCUCAGAACAUUUUUGGUAAGAUGGCCGACGUUCUGGAGAAGAUAAAGAAUCUGUUUAUGUGGGUGCAGCCUGACAGCACCCGGAAGCUUUACAUCUGCCUGUGGGUCGCUUUCGUCGUGUCCUGCGUCCUGCCAUACAAGCUGAUGGGUUUCAUGAUGGGAGUGUACGCCGGUAUAAAGUUCUUCAUCAUAGACUUCUUGUUUAAGAGCUGUCCAAAGCUUCGGGACAAGUAUGACACACCUUACAUAGUAUGGAACAGCCUCCCCACGGACCCCCAGCUCAAAGAGAGGACCAACGCCACCGUGUCACGGAGGCUCUCCUGCAUUGAGAAGGUUCAACCGGUGGUGUCUCGGAGCAGCCUAGCCACGGUACCCAGCGGUAUGAGCAGGGAAGACGAGGCAGGUCGCUCUCACAGCACCAAAAAGGGGCCCUUCCAUGAGAUUUUCAACCUGCCAGAAUCAGAGCGCCCUCUGGCGGUGUGUGAGAACGGCUGGAGGUGUUGUCUGAUAAACAGAGACAGGAAGAUGCCCACAGACUACAUCAGGAACGGAGUACUCUACGUGACAGAGAAUUAUCUUUGCUUUGAGAGCUCCAGCUCCAAAUCCAGCUCCUCCAAGAAAAAUAAAGUGAUCAAGCUGGAGGACAUCACAGACGUCCAGAAGUACAAAGUUCUGUCGGUUCUGCCAGGAAGCGGUAUGGGCAUCUCUAUAGCCACUCCGUCUACUCAGAAGCCGCUGGUGUUUGGUGCAAUGAUCCACAGAGACGAGGCGUUCGAGACCAUCUUCACUCAGUACAUGAAGAUUGUCACCACCUCCAAACCACCGACCAGCGCAGAGAUUUAGGCCGUAUGCUCUUCACUUCCACUCCUCCUUUUUUUGGGAGGGCAGCAGAAAACUGAAGCGGAGCGGCUUCUGAUUCCCUCAAACUCCUCCUGCUCUCUGGACAGAUGUCGGCUCCUCUUUGAAGGCUCCCAGUCCUGCUCCAGCAGAAGGACGCCGUUCAUCCUGCAGGGGAAGCUAACAGAGUGAGGAGUCGGAUGGGCGUAGCUCCUACGAGCUGCUGAGGAGCUGGAUCUCCUCUUCCACCUGAUUUUUUUGUUUGUUUUUUUUGUCCUGGCUUUCUGGUGUUGCAUGUGUGAGUGUGUGGUGUCAGCUACAAUAGGAAGCUUUCUCUAACCUGCUUCGAACUACCAGAUUGGAACCGGUGCCUGUUGGCUGAAAUCCAACGAAACCACAGUUGUGAACGUGUUCAGCAGCCGUUUGUUUUCCUUAGUGUUGAACAUGUCCGCCUCCAACCAACAGAGCCUUUCUGUUAGUUUACAUCACCGUUCUUUGUUUUUUUUCUAAACACAUUUCAGCAGCGACAGAGCCGCCAAUGAAACCGGCUCACAAACUGAAAAAAAAAAAAA